AAUACAACGUGUCAUUAUUAGACCUAACACUUGCCAACAACUUUCAUUGGAGAUACGUGAAGUGCAGAAGUUGCAGGUCUGGCUGUGGUUUUCUUCACGGAAAGUAUAAUGAAGUGGUUGGUCACUCUGUUACUGGUUAAAACAGUGUUCAGUGCUGACCAAAAUCCUGAUGGUAGGCUUCGGUUUCACUUAUUAAUAAUUAAUUUAAAAUUCUGAUGAAAACUCUCCCAAAUGGGUAAUAUUGUAAACAAUGGAGUUGCGAGCUACUAUUAUUGGGAUGUCGUUGAUAUGCACUUUUUAUUUCUUUACUUUUAGUUGUUGAAAAAAGAAAUUGAACGUACCUUUGGCUGUCCGUCUAUUUCAACAGUGAUAAUUCAGUCAAAAUUUCAUGGUCUUGUUUGUUAUCUCACUGAUAUAGGAUAUACAUAUCAGGCAAGGGUGGUCAUAAAAUUUUGCUAAAUUCACGUUUGUCCUUAAUGAUUAAAUAAUAAUUUCCUCUGGGUCGAUCACACUGUCUAAAACAAUCAUAUCCUCUGCGUAUAACGCUUGAAAAUAGCGAACCGGAGUGUCGCUCACCUGAAUUCAACAACCUUGAUUAUAUAAAGUAGGUAUAGCAAGUUUACACGUAAAAUUAAAAUAAGUCGAUAUCAUCUUAAAUUGCUCAGGGGAAAACCAUUGAGUUGCUUUCAGUUUAAUGGAAAUCAGUGUUCUCUAAAUUUUGAGGUACCUCUUAUCAACAGUUCAAAUCUCGAUCAAAUACAGAAAAUAAUAUUCAUACUAGUUUUUUAUUCCUCAACUAGCUCAUUGCAUGCAGGUAUUUGUUUUUUGGUUCAUUGUUUAACUGAUGGCAGUUUUGUUCAAUCAAAUUAAUCUGCAUUCCUUCCAGCAGAAAUUAUCUGACGAUUGUUAAUCUGAUUUAAAUGGAAAUUUUGGCAAUAGCAGUCUCCUUUGGGUUUGAAUAUUGAAAGAAAACCUGAAUGGGCCAUAUAUGGAAAGACCUAAGAAUAGUUCAUUAAUUCCUAAUUUUAAAACAAUGCCGAUAAGCAAUACCGGUUUGGAAACCAACAACAGUGACACAAAUAUAGCGCCAAUGUACUGGAUUUUGACAACUAUUUUUUGGAAUGGUUUUUUCAGCUCGGGCAAACAGUGUAAUACAAUUGUAUGAUUGAAAAUGAUAACUUUGAGUGAUUAGUAAUGAGUAAAAUUUUAUCAGUGAUAAACAAGUUAUUUUUGCUCAGAGUGACUGGAAUGCCUUAGGUUCCACGAAGCAAGCAAGUACGUAUUAAGAUAUUGUUUAUUUUUUCAAUGCAGAAACAGAUAUUGAACUUGAAUAAAAGGUUAAAUUCCUUCAGGGAGGUUUACCAUAUGCAUUAUGUCAUUAAUUGUAUCAUUAAAAUUGUUGUAAUUUCUUUGUUUGAGAUUAACUCAAUCUUAAUCCUUACAAAGGGCAAUGCGCAUGCACCCAGAAAAAGGUAAGUACAUGAUGGAAGCGCCGGAAAAAAGUAAUAAUCUCACCUCUAAAUCUGACACUUCCCUAAGAUCACUAAAGCUAAGAUAACUAACCUUUAAAAAACAUACAGCCGAAAGAAUGCCGGCAGACCACUACCACCGAUUUGCUAUUGUAUAAAUAAACUACCAUUUCCUUGAGGUCCAUUUAAAGUGGGCUUAUAAGGAGUUUAAUUUGGUUUUGGUUUCAAGACAACGCGGAUGGUAAGACAUAUUAGAAAUUGUGAGAAGGUAAGGGAAAUAGCUUGAAAUUUAACGCUUGUAGCGCCACAGACUUUACUAAAUUCUGGUGAAGUGCAUCUGUGAAACAGCGCCGAAAUCCUUCUUCUGCGCCUCCACCUGUGUACGAAGAUUCGAGUACGCGCCAUGAUUGGCCUGUCAAAAAGGCCCGUUUGACGAUUUGCCAAUCAGGAUGAAAGGAAAUUCAAGACCCACUUCCGGUAAUUCGUUGAGGCCGCUGGUGGCCCAGAACAACAAUAGGGACUUUAAGAUCCAUCGACGCGACGGCAAUGAGAACGUCGCUUAAAAAGUUAAUUUGCCUUCUUUCAGUCUAUAUCGCAAUUAUUCCUACCCACUUACUUUGUCAAAUGUAGGCGAACCCUCCUGGAGUUGAAUUCCUAGGCACCAUAUCCAAGUACAGUUUUUACGUCCACGGUAAAACGCGAAAUUAGGCAUGUUCACGUCGUAGUCGUGCAAAAACGGGCAGAGAAAUGUACAAAAAAGCAUGGUGCACGUGCAAAAAAAGUUGUUGUUUUGCUAAUCAAACCUAUUGUUUUUUUGAAGUUCUCGUUACCGUCCGCGUCGUUGGAUCUUAAAUACCCAGUGGGAGACUCUGCGGAGGAGAGAAAAAGAGAGGAAGGAGGGGGGGCGGCUAUGACACGAGUAGGUCGGUGAUAUAGUGAAGUAUCUACCGUCAAAUCUACUUUUAAUGCUUUCACAGAAAACCGUGCCAUUAAUGACAGUAGGUUGUUUGAGGGGGACAUGAUUCUUAAUCAACGACAACGUGAUAGAACGGAGCAUGGAAUGGAUGUUGACAGUGAUCGGAAGAGAGCUUCAAUCAAAGUCGGACGACUCUGGCCUAAAGGAGUGGUGGUCUAUCAGAUUCAUUCAAGUCUUCGUAUGUUUGUUUAUUCCAGCUUCUCUGACCUCAUAGUAAUUUGUAAUACAAAACUGUUAAAAAUACGAAAUGGUCCGAAGAACACAAAAAUGCCUCUAAGAAGAAACCAUCAAGUAGUUGAUUUCUGAAACUGAUUUUCUGUUGUAAAUUCUAUUUAGCGAACUCGCUCUGCAUGUAUAAACCGCACCACAUGUACAACAAUUACAUCAUAAGGGGGAGGCCUAGUGUGAAAUGAGAAAAAUACGGCUAAUUAAAGUUGACUCGAAUCCCUGCUGUACAAUAGCUGAACUAACUUUCCACCCCCCUGUUGAAGAUGGUAACUAAGGUACAACCCAACCUUUCUUCCUCUCCACCUUGGCCCCUAUAUGGCCUAUUCCAGCCAAUCGGCUACCAAGCAUUGGGUCAUGAAACCCUAGCAAAAACAAAUAUUGAUUUGUACCUUUACACAUCCACUCAGUUGUUUGAAAUCUUCGUUUGAAAUGAGAAUUGAUAACUGCGAUUGUGGGAAUCCAACACGGCUGAGAGCAAUACUGGUGUAGCUGUGCGUACCGUGAUUGUGUAUCUGCAAGAGAUAAACGAGAUGACUCAGACAGUGUUGCAUCCUCUUCCUUAACAACUACCCUCGGGAAUUCUGCCUCGUUAACCUUAAAAUAAAAAAUUUGCUAUGGAAACCCGCUCCACAUUAAAAUGGGGAGGAUGAAAUAAAGUAUGAUUAAGUGACAAAUAAUUUGGAAUAAUUCUGCACUGUUCCGGACCUUUGACCUGAACACAAAAACAAACAGGGACUUCUCGCUGCUAGAGGAAUCUAUUGAUCUUUUUCUCGGAUUUUUCACCUCCUGGCUAGCAUGAAAAUCUAAAAAAUUUAAAGGGCUGUGAUUUCCCAUGAUUUUAAAAUACAGCCUAUUAAUUUGUCUACAGAAAUAGAUACAAGUGUGGCACUUUGAACUUUACCCUUAAAUAUAACUUUGGUUUUGUCCUCACAGAGCAAACACUAAUCACUGAUUUAUACCAUUACCUGCAUGGUUCACAGCUAGAAAUUCUAGUGCCAUGAGCGCCAUAAGAGCCGGAAUGAAUGAAUGGACCAACAAAACCUGCAUCCGCUUUAAAAGAAGAGGAAAUGAAACAGCUUACGUUAACUUUGUAAAUGGAAGAGGGUAAGGAGCUUGGCCGGCAGAGUAUUUAUCAAUUAAAGAAUCCGAACAUUGAAUCAGUAUAUAAUUGUAUGUUAUAAAUUGACCAGUUUAAAAGCGUGUGGUCUACCCUGGGUGCCAGAGACUUUUCUAGCGCGGUUUCCGCUCAAAGGUCAACGGGGACGGUAAAAAGCACCGCUCCGUGCCAGAGGUUUUUUCUCGCGGCUUCGCCGCUCGUGCCUUCGGCCUACGGCCGAAGAUGUGUCGGCCUUCGGCCAACACCGAGGAUUUCCGCCGCACGCGAGAAAAACCCUCUGGUACCCAGGGUACGUGUGGUCAAGAGGCUGAAUAUUAUAGACUGGAGGUCAAUAACAACGCAAAAAGCAUGCAAGUUCAGUAUCCAGCCAUGCGAGCGCCAUCGCCAUCACUUGAUUCGGCCAUUUCAUAAUAUAAUUUAUACACCGUACUUUCCUUGCUAUAGUCUAAAAUAAUAAUUUGUGUAUCUACAGAAACUCUUUUCAUCCGUUUAAUCUGCCUCCCUGAUAUGAUUACAUAACCCCCACAUUUUUCCUUCUGGUGCGAGCUUUCAAAUUCACUGAAUUAUAACAAAAAGCUACAGCAUUUUUCAUUUCGAAAACAAUGUAACGUAUGGGUAUUAAAAGGUUCCUAUCCUACAAUCUCUACCUCAUUCACUCUUACCCUAAUAAGUUGAACUGUAUCUAAUGCACUUAAAACUCUGAAGUUGACCCAUUUGCAGAAUUACAAGACAAGUUUGCUUCUGUUGAGAGCUUGGUGAAAGAAACAAGGGAAGUCUCUGCAAUCUCAAGGAAAGAAACUCGAUUGACUGAGAACAUGCAAUCAUCGAUUUAUCCUCAACAAUACCCCAUUAAAGAACUCACUACAAGCAGUGCAGUAGAAUGUAGCGAAUCUCUUAGAGAAAUUAUAUAACAAUCGUCAUUAUGCUAAGUAACACAUCCUGACGUACGCGAGUAUUAGCUAUUACAGGAUGAUUGCAAUGAGGAUAGUCAUAUAUAAGCUAACUCGCAAUUCACUUUAUUUCCAACAUAGCUGUUUCUCAUAUGUAGGAAGAAUUGGAAGACGACAAGAUAUCACACUCGCACGGAGAUGUUGGAAAAGGGGAAUUGUCGUUCACGAAAUUGGUACGAAGACUAUCACUACAUUGCCAUUUAAGGUUCCUUUGGUAGACGAUAAGAGAUAAAAUUGAACUAUAAAGCAAUUAUUUUAAGGUGUUUCAGUGUUCUAUAUAUAAUCUGAAACAAUGGUCAAACUUCCCCUAAUGCUAUGGCCGAGAAAGGUUCAUUGUCUACAAAAGAAAAAGGUGGAAUCGAUCCAUUUGAAAACAACUUGAAUGGCCAUGCUCUGAAUUACACGCAUGUGAAACUCACACACACCAGUUCUUAGUCCUUAAGAAAGAACAUUAAACAUCAAUCUCUUUCCGAAAAAGAAUGCCAUGUUACAAAAGUCCUGAUAAAUGGGCCACGGGAAGAUCCCUAAAACGGACCAAAUGGACACUUAUAAUAAGCUUUCACUGCAGUAUUCAGGCCAGUGAUGAGAAUAAAAUUUUGCUGCAGGGCACGCGAUUGGUUUUUUCCAUGAACAGUCCCGUCCUGACAGGGAUAAUUUUGUCACAAUACAGUGGAAUAACAUACUUGCAGGUAAGGAGAAAUCCUAUGCAAUAUCAGUAAACUUGAUGAAUCUUCUUUCUCAACUUUUUUUUUUAUGUCUCCGCGUGAGGUACAACUUACAGUUCUUUCCAUUUUUGAAGUAAUCUUUUUUUAUAGGUAAAAGGAGAAAUUUUCGCAAGUACGGCAGAUCGACUAUCGAUUCCCUUGGAACUCAAUAUGAUUACGGAAGUAUAAUGCACUAUGGGAACAGAGCUUUCUCCAGGAACGGACGAGUUACGAUCAAGGUCAAGCGACCAGGGGUACGUUACUGAUGACGGCUGUUCCGCCUCAUGCAAUUUAAUCCAUAAAACAGUCUUGGAUUCUGGAUUCCACGACGUUGAAUGUAGAUUCCAGGUACUGGAUCCCAGGUGCUUUAUCGGUGGAACUUGGAUUAAAUCCGGAUUCUAAUCGUUAGCGGGGAUUCCGUAUUCCUUGAGCAGUUAUCUGGAUUCCAAAGUCCAGGAUUCCAGAUUCCACAAACAAAUAUUUUUCUAAUUCCGGAGUCAACAAGUUGAAAAAUUUCUUGGAUUCCGGAAUCUGAAUAAUGUUACGUAGGCGGGCGAGCUGUUAGACUGAAAUUCCAAGCGCAAUUCUUCACGCGUCCUCAGUCCCGCUUAAAUUUCUUAUAAUUACACACAAUUAUUCGAAUGUUUCGACAAACAACCAAUCAAAAUCAAAAUCCCUUUCGGGCAGUGACGUCACCAAACGGGAUUAGUGACCUGUUAAUUCACACGUUCAUCUGCAAAGUUUGCGACUCAAGGCCGGCUGAAAUUCAGACUGCAGCACUACUGUUUGAAAUCUCUUUUGUUCUUAUUUCUCAUAUCUAUAGCGGUAAUUAUUAAACAUUCUUAUUUCUCAUAUCUAUGGCGGUAAUUAUUGAACAUUAUGCGUAUACCCAACAGCACGCGACAUCAAACGAUUAAAGCCACAUUCUGUCACCAAAUUAAUUCGUCUGCUUCUUGAUUACACUUUCUUGAAUAUCACUGUCAUACUUAUGAAUAAUUUCUGCAGAAAAGUCCAUGAUAUCAGUUUCUUCUAAAAUCAGCUCCUUCUUCAACUAACGGCACUGAAAUCAAUAAAAUAAACAUUUUUUAUUAGGCCGUGAUUGGUCAGCGACGUGGCUUAAGCACUACUGAUGCGCGACAAGCAAAUCUACUCUACAAGACACAAUGUACAAGACGGUAUGUAUAAUUAGUCCUAACAACCUUUUACAAGAUUGAAAACAUGAGAAUGUUUUAAAAGUAUUCAGGCAAUGUUUAUUAACUCACAUUUCAAUUUCUCUCGAGCCCACACAUGAUACGGGUUGCUGACACCACGCUGUCAGCAACCCGGGUCAGAUAUGGGCUCGUAUAUGAGAAUAGUAGUGCAACUACGGUUUAUUCUUAGCUUCGAAAGCGUCGAUAAGCUCUUAUUUUUUAGACUUCCCUUCAGUUGUCGGACAACUGUACUUUCAGAUGCAAUGAGCACUGUCUUAUUCAUGUAAUUUCAAAUCUUGCAGUAUGGAUAUUAGUUCUUAUUCUAGUGACAAUUGCAAAAAAUGAUGUUGAAUUUAUGUUUGUUUUCAGCACCAACGACACCUCAAUCAGGUAAGCUUUUAGCUUUCCUCUGUGUUUUUCCUUUUACGGGAUAAAAUUUGCAGCAACAGUGUUUGGAAUUAAGGGUAAGGAAAAAAACUUAAUAAACAGAAUAAAUAUUCAAAGGAAUCUUUAAAGUAAUAGGUAAGUAAACCAACGUGGCCAGCCCGGGAGCACAAGAUCAGUAAGGGAUUAUGCUUUAUCAGAUCGCCCCACAUGAGGUAAUCCGGAUUUCGGAUACGGAAUCCAGGAAAAUUUUGCUUGUGGAAUCCGGAAUCCUGAGCUUUGGAAUACGGAAUACAGCUCAAGGGAUCCGGAAUCCUACAAAGGAGUGGAAUCCAGAAUCCAAGUUCCACUGAAAAAGUGUGCAAUCAAGUACCUGGAAUCUGGAAUUUACGGCGUGGAAUCCAGAAUCCAGGACUGUCUUGGAUCCCCUUUCAUGGUGCGAAUCAAAUGUCAAACUUACAGAAAAGAGGUAAUUUUUCAAACAGAAUGAUUUUAAGGGAGAUUAAACUUUCAUAUAUUAUCAUUAUCAUCAUCAUCAUCAUCAUAAUUAUUAUUGAUUAUUAUAUUUAUAAACGAGGAGUGUUUUGUCAGAUAUCUAUACAUGUUUUAAUUGUAAUGUUUAUGAUCCCCUUCUCCUUCAUCUUUUAAUGUUUCAAAAGUUUAUUACCAUGUUUUCUUUUCUUUCUUUUUUUUUUCCUAGCACGUAGUAACUACAGGAUUCUCAAUGAGACUGACCGCAAGAACGAUCACCAUACUCUAAAGAGCGCUGUCCACAAAUACGAUGGCCGCUUGCGAGAGGGCUAGUACAGGUUUAUGGGUGCGGCAGGUAGAAAAAUGCCUUCCCAAGUCGUCCCAAUAUCACGCGGUAGGACGGAUGCAACUGGGUGGCUCAGCGGCAGUCAUCCCACAGCGAAUCAAGGUGCUGUCCGACGCAGAGUGUGUUUUCAUUGGGCUGGACUAGAUAGAAGGCGCAGAAAAUAUGAUAGGCCGUACAUGUGGUCUCGUUAUAUUCGUGUCCUAAACUGUACCACCCUUUUCGUGUACGAACUGAUUCCGAUAAAAAGAUGCUAUUUGCGUUAUAAAAUGUGGUGCAAGCUGAAACUAAUAUAG